AUGAAAAGGGGCGACAGUGAUCAUCGAUUUUCAAAUUUAGACAUUGGAUAUUGGAAAUGGAAGGAUAACAAAGUGGUUCAUUUAGUAUCUAAUUUUCAUGGGAAUGAAACGGCUACUGUGUCACGUAAAGAAAAAAUUGGGUCCAAGUCUACCAUUACAUGCCCUGUAGCUGUCAAAGGUUACAAUAGCUAUAUGGGCGGCGUAGAUACAGCUGAUCGUUUGAGAGCCCUUUACUGUAUAGAUCGCAAAUCUCCGAAAUGGUGGCACAGGUUGUUUUGGGGUCUUCUGGACAUCGCAUUUGUCAAUUCAUAUGUCAUUCAUGGACUUAUAAUGGAACAGACUACCGUAAAAGAUUUUCGACGUUCUGUUACUCAAGGCUUGAUGACAAUGAAAGAUGUUAGUCAGAAAAGAAAGACUUCUACAACUAAUACUUCGGAAGGUGGCCCUUCCAAAAGACGCAAAUCUGACUACUCCACUAUAAAAGACGUUCGCUUGGGUAAUAGAGACAUCCAUUGGCCUUCGUUUGUAGAAAAUAGGGAAAGGUGUGAGGUUUGUAGUAUGAAAAAGAUUCAGUCAAAACCUCAUAGUAAAUGUUCCCAUUGCAACGCGUUUGUGUGUGUAAAUGAAAAGAAAAAUUGUUUUGCUGAAUACCACGAGGUUAAUUUGUAA